AUGGCGGAAGGUUCACCUGGAGUUUUCUUGAAUCCUCAUCGCUUGGCUAAGCGAAGUCGAGCAUCAGAGAAUGGUGAACUUGAGUGUGAUAUGGAUGUUAAUUCUGAUUCACGUAUGAUGCAAGACCAGACACCUAUUGUUGACUUUGAGCAAGUAUCUCAUUUUCACCUUGGUUUUGAUAGUUUUCGUGAUAAGCUUAUGAACAAGGUGAAUUUGACUAAGAAUGUGGGUAUAGAUGUUAAUUAUCUGGAUGAUGAUUAUGAGGAUCUCAAUGAUAACGAGGAUGUGGUUAUUUCUCGGGGUGAUCGAGGCCCUAGUAUUCAAUUCUCUGAUAGGGCAAUGGAUAGGUUAUGCCGACCUUGGAAGAAUGCUCUAAUUAUUAAGCUCUUGGGCAGUUGGGAAUUUAUUGGGAAAUUGUUAAAGAUUGAUUCUCUUACCACUGCUCAAAAUAAGGGCAAGUUUGCUCGGUUGUGUGGGGAAUUAGAUCUCACUAAGCCUUUAGAUGCUUUCGUCCAAAUCAACCAGAAUUGGUAUAACUUAGAUUAUGAGGGGCUACCAGAUAUAUGCUAUCUAUGUGGGAGGUAUGACCAUAAACAAGAGAAGUGUGAAUUGAAUGUUAAAGAUGCUGAAACCAUUAAUGGUGAGACUACUAGUGCCAUGGGUGCUAAUGUUGAGGGAAGUAGUUUGGUGGGAAUUAAUAGGGCUCACUAUGACUCUGACCAGAGCUUGAGAGGGCCAUGGAUGAAUGUUCCCCCUAGGCGUAGGCCUCAAUCUAAUUUUAAGGGAGUGGGAGGCAAGGAUUCUGGGGUAAAAAAUAAGGGCUCAAGGUUUGAUGCUCUUAGGCAAGUUGGUGAGAAUUUUGGAAAGGAUAAGGGGAAUUCUGGUGAGUUUUUUUAUCAGACUGGUACCAGACUAGUGCAAUCUUUCUUGGCGGAUUUGAAUAUGGGAAAUAAGGUUUGGACAAAGUCUAAGGGUAAAAAGUCUGUUGCUAGGCAGGCUUUGGAGGAUAUUUCAAACAAGAGCUUGCCUGUGAAGAAUCGUGUGAAGGAAAAUUAUCAGAAUACUGGUGUGGCAACUAGAAAUACAUUUGGAAGUCGCCAGGCUGCUAGUGUGGCAAGUAGAAGUACCAUUGAUAUAUCUGAUUCUAUAGGAAGGGUGGGAUCUCAAGGCAAGAAAAGUGUUGCUGCUGGUUCUCUACAUGAGCAAUUUGCGAGCUGGGGUAGUGGACAACCAGUUCAAAAGGAAAAAGGGUUGUAUAUCUUUGGGCAUCAGCCACCCAAUAUAGGGGAGAUGGCUACUAGUAGGGAUGACAAUUCUGGUUCUGACAGUGAUGAUGAAGUGCUAAUCCCUUCUGAUAGUGAGGGUUUGGAUCCCACAGAGAAAAUGGACUUUUCGGAAGGACACGUUAGUUCACAUGAUGGACACUUGGCAAGUAAUACUUUCACUCAUGGUGAAGGAGCAGCGAGCUCUAAAUUUAAGUCUAAUGUGCUUGAUUUGAUUCACACUCAUCGAUUGGAUAUGCUUUUUCUUUGUGAGCCUCGUUUAAGUGGAGCAAAGGCUAUUUCUGUAGUUAACGCUGUGGGGUUCUCUGGUGGCUUGUGGCUGUUAUGGGAUGAUUCUAGAGUUCAUGUAGAAGUUGUUGGCACCUCUGAUCAAACGAUUUCUGCUUGUUUGGCUUGCAAUGGUCAAGACCCUUGGCUUUUUACUGGUGUUUAUGCUAGUCCUAAUGCUGCCAAGUGA